AUGGCUUCUGUUGCUUCUGAUCAAUCGAACAAUAUGCCACGGGGCCGCAAGAGAAGGGACGUCACAGGCAAAGUUGAGGGAAGGAAGUUUGUCUGUGAUAAUGCUGGAUGUGGGAGAAGCUUCACCAGAGCAGAGCAUCUUCAACGACAUUUGCUGAACCAUUCGACCGGAGAGCAUACAUGCGACAGAUGUCGAGCUCAUUUCAAGAGGAGAGACCUGCUCGAGAGGCAUAUGGCCCGUCACAAGCAGAAGGAUGAAGAAGCUGGCGCUGAUGGUUGCGGUAUUUUGAACACUCGCAAGCGCAUGUGGAAAGACGCUGAAGGAAAGAUCGUGACCAAGAAGCCUGCUAUCGCUACGGACGACGCCCAGAAGCCACAGCCGCCUCUGCAGCCGCGACACGACGAUCCGCUUCAGACCUUUGCAGAAUUCGCUUUGUUUGCGUCACACGAAGACGGAGCACCGAUAUCACCACCCACUUCACACAACACGUCGUUCAGCAACCCAUUAGACGACCACGAUUCUGGAAUUGCAUUGAAUUAUCCGCCUACGACACUCGACCCCAGCGCAUUGUCAGCAUCACAUACAUUCUCACCUGGCGAUCAACGAUUCUGGUCGACUGAUCUGGCUCAACCGCAACCUGACCCAUUCGCUACCACUGCCUUUGACGAUGCGCCCUUUGACGAUAUCUUUAACCCAGACACGGCAAGCUCGUUCAAUAACCCGUUCACUACGAUGAACAACUACAAUUGGCUCUUUGAUAUGGAUUUGGCUCAAACAACUCAAGCCCAGCAGCAGCAGCAGCAGCAGCAGCAGCAGCAACAAGUCGUACACGACCCUUUCUCCAACUUUUCAUUCACUGGCAACGGUGUGUCUCAGCAAAGUCAUGCGUUUGACCUCCAGCUUGACCACAUGAACCUUGAUAAGCCACUUUCAACAGAUGGCCAGUUUGGAUCGCUUGCUUCACAGCGAACUGAUUCGGUCGUUCACCACUCUCCCUCCGGCCCUUUGAUUACACCACCGCUGAGCGAAGAGGAACGCAGGAACUCAACACAUAUGCAACGAGCGAGUAUCUCGGACGUAAAUCUGCCUACGAGGAACCCUUCUCAAACACAAUUAGUCACACAGUUGCCUGAAGUAGAGCGGCCGAUGUCAAUGCUCCAACCAUCAAGAAGCUUGCCGAUCAUCGACGAGCUAGCACGUCAACAGGUACUAGACCUCAUCGAUAUCACGCAACCUACAGCACCGGAUGGUAGCAUUGUCAUGCGUGACCAUCCUCUUUUAACGUUGACAUGUCUCCAAACAUACUGCGACCUGUUCUGGACACGUUUCAACACUACCUAUCCGCUGAUGCAUAUGUCAACGUUCGAACCGUCACAUGUCGACACGCUACUGCUAACGACUGUGCUACUACUCGGAGCCACCUAUGGAGAGAAAGACGCUCAUCAACUUGCAGUGUGCAUCCAUGAUGUCCUUAGACCCCAAAUUUUUGCCAAUGCUGGUUUCUCUGCCAAACCCGAUCUUUGGGUGCUACAAACCAUUCUGCUUGUAGAGUGCUUUGGGAAGAGUAGAGCAGGACAAAAGCAACACGAUAUGUCUCACCUCUUCCAUGGACUGCUGAUCAACUUGAUUCGGCGGAGUGACUGCCAGAGCAUUCGGCCGCCUACGCUGGAAGACGCUACUGAUGACCUUGAGGACGACUGGCAGACGUGGGUCGAUGCUGAACAGAAGAAGAGGCUUGCUUAUUUGUGCUUCAUGUGGGAUACCCAACAUGCAGUACUAUUCUGCCAGUCUCUUUGCAUGUCAGCAUUCGAACUCCGAUCGAACUUGCCUUGUGAUCAGUCACUCUGGGAGGCUGACUCGGCAGAGACCUGGCAUCAGCUACGACAAAAACAGCCCCCUGCCCCGCUGUUCUUGUCUUGUUUGAAGAUGUAUCUGCACCCGAACGCUACAGCAGUCCCAAAAACCCUUAACAACCUCUCCCGCUCACUCCUCCUGCACGGUCUCAUGUCCGUAGCAUGGGAUAUGCAGCGUCGUGAUCAGACUUCGCUCGGGGAUCCAAUAGCGGCCAAUCCUCUUGGAAACUGGCAAUCACGUCUCGCAGCCUCAUAUACAGCAUGGCACGCCGACUACGAGACAUUCUGUAGUACCUACACCGCCCGGCUCCCUUCACAAGACCACUUCCUGGCCAAAGAAUUUCAGGUCAUGCGCUCUGCCACCCUCUCCCUCUACCACUCCGCACACAUCCUCCUACAAACCCCUUUCCUCGAUCUGCAAAUAUACGCCGGCGCGCGCCACAUCCUCGGUCGACCAGUCGCGCGCCCAGAUUACGCACGCAGCCAGCGCAUAGUAAAGAAAUGGGUCGCUGAAAACAUCAAAGAAGCCGGCAAAGCCGUCUGGCACGCCGCGGCCCUCGUAAAUCAGGGUGUUGAUGUUCUAGACGGCGAGCUCGACGUCGGCGCCGGACGCCUCUGGCACCACCCUUGGGCCGUGUACCUUGGCACGCUCGUCGUGUGGGGAGUAUGGUACGCGCGCCCUAUUCUUCCCACUACCUGCGCUGCGGGCGAUAUGUCACCGUUCGCAAUGCACGAUGACGAAGACGAGAUUAUCUGGGAUCCCGCGGCUGAAAUGAAGCGUUUGCUGGAUUCUAUCGCCAAGGCGGAGCCAGAGAUGUUGUUACAGAUUGGGUACAGGGAGGGGAUUUCGGGGCCGGUAGGAAAGAGAGGGACGAAUGGGCUCGCGGCGUGUGUGAGCCGGUGCUUGAGUAAGGUUAGAUGGGCCGUCGUGCACGAUGGCAUGAUGGUGCUCAGGGGGUUGGUGCAAUGGAGGUUGGUGGGAGGGAGCGGAGGGGGCAUGUUUUCAUAG